AUGUGUACUACAACCACCUUCUUCCGCGAGCUCCGACAGAACCACAGCAACACCUGCAGCAGCACACCUGCGGCGCUGGACACAGGUCAGCUCAGCUGCAUCUCGCUCCCGCGUCACGAGGAGGACUAUCUGCAGAAUGUGGUCGGGAGCGCCCCCUACAUCCUCGUCCUGGGCCAGGACUGUUCGGCCCGAUACCAGCUGCUCAACUGCCUGCUGGGAGAGAGGCUCCUCCCCCUGGGCUCGGAGGUGGGCGGGGCCUGUGGGCCGGAGGGCGGGGCCUGCAGGAGGAGGAAGCUGUGCUUCACGCACGGCCGUCAGACGCGCUUGAGCCUGGCGCUGCCGGGGCAGUAUGAGCUGGUGCAUCAGCUGGCGGCUCACUGCGGACGCUGGGACACGGUGCCAUGCGAGGAUCUGGAGAUCCAGGAGUGCGAGGAUCCCGCGCAGCGAUUGGCCGAGCUGGAGGUCACGCUCCAUCACGCGCUGCUGCAGGAGGUGAAGAUCAUGGUGCUCCCGUGCCGCGGCGUGCAGCCGGUGGAGGAGGCUCUGGAGGACUGCAAGCGCGGCAUCCUUCCCAUCAUCCUCUACGCCGUCAGUAAAGACGCGCUGAGCGCCGAGCAGGUGAGCGACCUACAGAAGGUGCGCGAGACGCUGCCGUUCCCCGUCUGCUUCGUCUGGGCCCCUAGCGGCCCCUCGGACCCCGGGGCCCUCCACAGGCAGCUGCUGUCCCUGGAGCUGAUCGGCGCAGCGGCGGGGAGCUGCGCCUGCGGGGCUCCUGCGCAGACGCAGAGCAUUCUGGGAGAGAGUCUGGAGCGUCUGCAGCGUGUGCUGGGGCCCUUCACUCGACAGCUGCUGCAGAACCAACAGGUGGAGGCCACGACGCUGCUGAACGCCGUCCAAUGCCGCUACCUCGACCUCUUCAUCAACCAGGCGUUCGACAUGCAGAGGGAUCUUCAGAUCACGCCGCGGCGGCUGGAGUACACUCGAGAGAAGGAGGGCGAGCUCUUCAGCUCUCUGAUGGCCAUCGCCAACCGCAAGCAGGAGGAGAUGAAGGACAUGAUCGUGGAGACGCUGAGCGGCAUGAAGGAGCAGCUGCUGGAGGACGCCGCCAACCUGCACUUCACCGACAUCAUCAUGUCGUCUAACGGCGAGUCGGUGAGCUCGAAGGACAUUAAGAUGUGCAUCAGUCAGAUCCAGGACCUGAUCGUGGUGCAGCUCAAUCAGGCCGUGGCUAAUAAACUGACCAGCUCAGUGGACUACCUGAGAGAGAGCUUCGUGGGGACACUGGAGAGAUGCCUGGGCAGUCUAGAGAAGAACACAGCCGAGUCCUCCAGCAACAUCACCUCCAACCACCUCAAACAAAUCCUGAACGCGGCGUAUAACGUGGAGGUGACCUUCCACUCGGGCUCCUCCGUCACGAGGCUCUUCUGGGAGCAGAUCAAGCAGAUCAUCCACCGCAUCACGUGGGUCAAUCCUCCGUCCGUCUCGGCCGAGUGGAAGCGCAAGGUCGCGCAGGACGCCAUCGAGAGCCUGAGCGCCGCCAAACUGGCCAAGAGCAUCUGCUCUCAGUUCAGGACCCGACUCAACAGCUCCCACGAGGCCUUCGCCGCCUCACUCCGACAGGUGAUUCUGCAGCGCGUACUCCUUCUAGGUGCAUUAGCAGACUCUUCCUGUACUGAUGAGUGUGUGUCUGUCUGUGUGUGUGUGUGUGUGUGUGUGUGUGUGUCCUCAGGAAAGCCGAAGAUGGGCCGUGAGCUGGGCCGUGGUCAGUACGGUGUGGUGUAUAUGUGUGAUAGCUGGGGUGGACGUCACCCGUGUGCCCUAAAGUCAGUCGUUCCUCCUGACGACAAGCACUGGAACGACCUCGCGCUGGAGUUCCACUACACACGGUCUCUGCCUAAACACGAUCGUUUAGUGAAUCUCCACGGGUCGGUUAUCGAUCACUCGUACAGCGGCGGCUCAAGUAUUGCGGUUCUGCUGAUCAUGGAGCGAUUACACAGAGACCUCUACACGGGACUGAAGGCCGGUCUGUCUCUGAAGGAGCGUCUUCAGAUCGCUCUGGACGUGGUGGAGGGGAUUCGGUUCCUGCACAGUCAGGGUCUCCUGCACCGCGACAUCAAGCUGAAGAACGUUCUGUUGGACAGACAGAACCGGGCGAAGAUCACUGACCUGGGCUUCUGUAAACCCGAGGCCAUGAUAUCCGGCAGUAUCGUGGGGACGCCCAUCCACAUGGCACCGGAACUCUUCACAGGAAAGUACGAUAACUCCGUCGACGUGUAC